AUGGGGACUGCUGCCGGGCCCGGAGAGAAGAGGGUUUACCCGGAUCAUGUCGAGGUUGACGUCUUUUCUCUCUUUGUCCGCAACAGCAAUAACUGCUUCCACGCAAAGAUCCGCCAAGUGUUCUUUGCAGCUGCUAACCACUUUCGACCCCAAGGCUGUCCUUGCUGCCUGCAACCUGCAGCAGCAGCAGCAGCAGCAGCAGCAGCAGCAGAGCAGCAGCAGCAGCAGCGGCGGCGAAGGGUUAGGCAGGUCCCCGGCUGCAGCGGCUGCUGGGCUGUUUGCUGCAGCAGCAGCAACAGCACCUACGCUGUGGGAUUAGUACAAAGAGCAGAGCAGCAGCAGCAGAGCAGCAGCAGCAGAGCAGCAGCAGCAGAGCAGCAGCAGCAGAGCAGCAGCAGCGGGCCAACAGCAACAGCAGCAGACCAACAACAGCAGCAGCAGCAGUAG